AUGACUGGGUCGUCAGAUGGACAGACUUCUCUUGAUGUCAGAGGCUUCUUUCUAGCGCGGAGACGCGUUCCCACAGCCAAGUACACAGUGGUCGGAGAGACACUGAGGCAUGUCAUCCCCAGUCAUAUGCAGUGCUCCAUCGGCUGUGGGGGCAAGGCCUGCAAGUACGAGGACCCCACCCGCUGGACAGAGGACCAGCAGGCCAUCAAAGGACUCUACUCAUCCUGGGUAACUGAUAAAUUGCUGGCUAUGGCACGACCUUCAACUGAAGUCAUUGAGAAGUUCAAUAUGAUCGAGCAGUUUCGCAGGAAUGGCGUACGGACGGUCAUAAAUCUUCAGCAGCCCGGAGAGCAUGCCAGCUGUGGAAACCCUUUGGAGCCAGACAGCGGCUUCACCUACUGCCCAGAGGCCUUCAUGGAAGCAGGCAUAUACUUUUACAACUAUGGAUGGACUGACUAUGGCGUAACGUCCCUCACCGCACUGCUGGAUAUUGUGAAAGUGAUGUGUUUUGCUGUCCAGGAGGGCAAGGUGGCUGUCCACUGUCAUGCUGGGUUAGGGAGGACAGGGGUGCUGCUGGCCUGCUUUCUGGUCUUCUCCACCAGAAUGACCGCUGACCAGGCCAUUCUGUCUGUGCGCGACAGGAGGCCCAACUCCAUCCAGACCCGGGGGCAGUUGCAGUGUGUGCGGCAAUUUAGCCAGUUCCUGGUGCCGCUGCGAAACGUCUUCUCCUGUGCGGAACCCAAGGUCCGGGCGGUCACCCUGGACGAGUACUUGGUGCGACAGAAAAACAUGCUGCACGGCUACGAGGCGCGGCAACUGCGGAAUGUGCCAAAACUCAUCUACCUGGUGUCCAAGCUCCUCCCGGACAUCGCGGAAAACCGAGAGAUCAUCGCCGAGGAGAUCCUGGACGUGGAAGACCUGACGGAGGAGAUGGAGGAGGAGAUGCAGAACGCCAUCUACUCCUUCCGGCAGCAGAGCCGGCGCUGGGAGGCCACCAAGGGGCUGAGCGGCCUGCCCCCACGCCUGCCAGGGCUGCCAACGGCCGGUGACCCCGCUCACCCCCUGCACUUCGCCCGCAAGAGCCUUAGCUUCAGCGACACGGACAUCCAGCGGUUGGCCGCCAAGCUGGAUCUGGCGGAUAACCCCCUUGAGGUUCUUGCCAACAUGCACAAACACUCGUCAUCUCAGGAGAACCUGUCGGAGCCUUUCCUCGUCACAGUCCCGGGGAACCGGACCCCAAUGGUCCAGAGUCCCUCGGGGUCCCAGGGUUCCGUGUGGGACAUCAAGACGCAGAAGGACAAGCAUGGCAGCGCGUUGGUCCUGAACAAGCAAGGCAACAACUCUCUGUUCCAACGCAGCAAGUCGGUGACCGACAAGAGGAACGGCACGGGGGUCAGCCCGUUGGCCAUGGUGUCGGCCUGGAAGGCAGAGCGCAACUCCGACGAGCCGCUCCAGAACGGCCCCGGCGAGGUCAGCACCGAGUCGGAAUGGUCCGAGCGCUCGGAGGUGCCCUUCAUCACCCUGCAGACGGAGCUCACGCUGGAGUCGCGCCACCUGCUGCUGGCGCAAGCCCUGGCACUGGACCUCGAGGUGGACGGGCAGAACGACCACAUGGAACGAGUGGCAGCCUGGCAGAAAGAGCUGAACUGUGGGGCAGGUGUGUGGGAGCAACUGUGCCUGGAGAGGGACCCCUUCAUCCUGGCCGGCCUCAUGUGGUCCUGGCUAGAACAGCUGAAGGAGCCUGUGCUCACUGCAAAGGAUGUCUUGAUACUGGGACAGGGCCACUGUGAUCCAAACACCAUCCUCAACAGACUGAAUAAGUCUACUCACUAA